AAUUCAGACCAGCAUCUUCUUCUUCAUCUGUCGUAUACACUUCUUCAAUCAAUCAUUCAAUUCUCAGAGUUAUAAACUUCAAAUUUCCAAAGAAUGUGGGCGAAGGAGAACGGAAUCGAGGGCGAUGACGAGCGAGAAGAGGAAUCUGAAGAAGACAACUCCGACGAGGAGGAAGAGGAGGAGCCGCGCCUCAAGUACCAGCGUAUGGGCGGCAGCGUCCCCACUCUCCUACAGAGCGACGCCGCCUCGUGCAUCGCCGUUUCCGAGCGCAUGAUCGCUCUCGGCACUCACUCCGGCUCCGUCCACAUUCUCGAUUUCCUCGGGAAUCAAGUUAAAGAAUUCAUUGCUCAUACUGCUGCAGUUAACGAUCUUUGCUUCGAUAUCGAAGGUGAAUAUAUUGGAAGCUGCUCCGAUGAUGGUUCUGUUGUAAUAAAUAGCCUUUUUACUGAGGAAAGAUUGAAAUUUGAGUAUCAUCGUCCUAUGAAGGCAAUUGCUUUAGACCCGGAUUACGUGAGAAAAGCAUCCAGAAGAUUUGUUACUGGAGGUUUAGCUGGCCAUUUAUAUUAUAACGUGAAGAAAUGGAUAGGUUAUCGAGACCAGGUCCUGCACUCUGGUGAAGGCCCAAUUCAUUCAGUAAAGUGGAGAAAUAGUCUCAUUGCCUGGGCUAAUGACGCUGGUGUAAAAGUUUAUGAUGCUGCUAAUGAUCAACGUUUAACAUUCAUAGAAAGACCAAGAGGAAGCCCACGUCCCGAGCUGCUGCUUCCCCAUUUAGUUUGGCAGGAUGACAAUUUGCUAGUCAUUGGAUGGGGAACAUCUAUUAAAAUAGUAUCAAUAAGAAACAAUCAGAAUAGAGCCAAUGAAACUUACAAGAAUUUGCAAAUGUCUAGCUUGAAUAAGGUGGAUAUUGUGGCGUCUUUUCAAACCAGCUAUUUCAUUUCUGGGAUUGCACCCUUUGGUGAUUCUUUGGUUAUUCUAGCAUAUGUCCCUGUGGAAGAAGAUGGGGAGAAGGACUUCAGCAGUGCUACUCCUUCACGUCAGGGAAAUGCUCAGAGACCUGAAGUACGAGUUGUCACUCGGAACAAUGAUGAACUGUCGACUGAUGCACUGCCAAUACAUGGCUUUGAGCAUUACAAGGCCAAAGAUUAUUCCCUUGCACAUUCUCCUUUCUCAGGUAGCAGUUAUUCAGGUGGUCAAUGGGCUGCUGGAAAUGAACCCUUGUACUAUAUUGUUUCCCCCAAGGAUGUAGUCAUUGCUAAGCCUAGGGAUACUGAAGAUCACAUAUCUUGGCUACUCCAGCAUGGGUGCCAUGAGAAAGCCUUGGCUGCAGUAGAAGCUGGUCAGGGUCGAAGUGAGCUUCAUGAGGAGGUAAAAUUAAAAUAUCUUGACAGUCUCAUUGUGGAACAUAAAUAUGCUGAAGCGGCUUCUCGCUGUCCCAAACUACUGCGAGGAUCAGCUGCAUGGGAAAGGUGGGUUUUCCAUUUCGCUCACCUCCGUCAGCUUCCUGUAUUGGUUCCAUACAUACCAACAGAAAAUCCAAGGUUACGCGACACUGCAUACGAGGUUGCUCUUGUUGCUUUGGCGACGAAUCCAUCAUUCCACAAAGAUCUCCUGUCUAUUAUCAGAACCUGGCCACAUAAUAUAUAUUCGGCUUCGCCUGUUAUCUCAGCUAUAGAACCACAGCUAAAUACUUCAUCAUCAACUGAUGCUCUCAGAGAGGCUCUGGCCGAGUUGUAUGUGAUUGAUGGACAAUAUGAGAAGGCGUUCAGCUUGUAUGCCGAUCUUAUGAAGCCGGAUUUGUUCGACUUCAUUGAAAAGCACAAUUUGCAUGAUGGCAUUCGUGAAAAGGUUGCCCAGCUGAUGAUGAUAGACUGUAAACGUGCAAUUUCACUGUUUAUCCAUCACAGGGACAUCGUAAGCCCAUCUGAUGUAGUUUCACAACUUGUGGCUGCAAAGACCAAGUGUGAUUACCGACAGUUUUUACAUCUCUACUUGCAUUCAUUGUUUGAGUCAAAUCCUCAUGCUGGGAGGGAUUUCCAUGACAUGCAGGUUGAACUGUAUGCUGAUUAUGACCCAAAAAUGCUGCUUCCCUUUCUACGGAGUAGUCAGCAUUAUACAUUGGAAAAGGCUCAUGAAAUUUGUGUCAAAAGAGGACUUUUGAAAGAGCAAGUUUUCAUCCUUGGAAGAAUGGGAAAUGCAAAACAAGCAUUGACAGUAAUCAUUAAUAAAUUGGGUGAUAUAGAAGAGGCCAUAGAAUUUGUAAGUAAUCAACACGAUGAUGAACUCUGGGAAGAGCUGAUUAAGCAGUGUAUGAACAAACCUGAGAUGGUUGGGGUAUUAUUGGAGCAUACUGUUGGCAAUCUUGAUCCCCUGUAUAUUGUAAACAGGGUGCCCAAUGGUUUGGAGAUACCUCGGCUGCGAGACCGUCUGGUGAAAAUCAUCACUGACUACAGGACUGAAACCUCUCUCAGACAUGGAUGUAACGAUAUUCUGAAGGCAGAUUGCGUUAACUUGCUGAUCAAGUGCUACAAGGAAGCAAGGCGAGCUAUAUACUUGGGCAACGAAGAAGAUGAGUCCCACAACAAAAGCAACAAUAAAAACAGUGCCUCUCAGCCAGCCAAGAGAUCUGUCAGCGUCAGAACCACAGAGGUCAAGUCAAAAAGCAGGUGUGGCGCAAGGUGUUGCAUUUGCUUCGAUCCGUUCUCUAUACAGGAUGUGGCGAUAUAUGCUUUCUUUUGCUGCCACGCAUACCACGAGACGUGUCUCUCGGAUUCCAUCAUUUCGAUUAGCAGACAAACGAAGCCAGCAACUCCCCCUCCCCGGGACAACCUCCAGUAUUAUAGUGACAACGGUGAUGACAAUGAUGACGAUGAUGACAGUGUCGAUGAUACUCGGAUACGUUGCAUCUUGUGUACAACUGCUGCUGGUUGAGCAUCUUAUGAGCCUGACCCUAAUUGUUUUCAUCCUUGUAUAUGUGAGGAAUUGUGCCUUUGUGUGUCAUUAACAUUUUAAUACUUGACUUUUUUUUUUCAAGAUUGAAUCCGCAUUCAGCGGCAUAGAGUGUAGUUCCAGUUGAAAUUUUUCCUGGUGAGAAAGUUGUAUUCCACAAUUUUAUUCAUAUUUGUAAAGUUCUUGGCUGAUAGUUUUAAGUGGUGAAAGUAAUUUUUUAAAAUUCAAA